AUGGUGCUUGAAGUGGGUUAUAGUGAGGGUCUCGGCAGGUUGAGAGUUGACUGCCGUUGGUGGCUCAGUCGCUCCGAAGGCCAGGUUAAGAUUGCAUUACUUCUAUCCAUCGACUCGGACCGACCUUAUAUUUUGAUUGAAAAGUGGGAAAAUACGCCUCCUAUACACGGCCACAGUUGUCGAGUUCCAAGACAGCUUGCCCCACAGAGAAUAGCAGCUGUCACGGUUGCCCUUGAGAAUAGUCAGUACGUUGUUACGGGUGCACCGCUUCACUUGUCUAUUGAUGAUAUCGUGAUACCGCCUGUUCCCAGCACUAUUCCCCCGAUUCAAAUUGCAUAA